CCGUUGGAUGAAUUUUCUUUUCUUCACAACCAUUGGAUUCUUAUCUUUUGAGAUAAGCGUACUACUAUUAAUAUGAACAAAUUAACACAUGCAUAAGAUGUAUCACCACAUAAAAAAAGAACUUCAAUAUUGGAGCAUCCUCUUACAUAUCAUCGUCUUCUUCUUCAGAUGAUGAUGCUUUAGCGAUGAACACUAUACCACAACUUGAUGAAGAAGAAGAAAUCAUGAUGGUGGCACUAAAAACUAAAAACCAACAACAUGACAAUAAGUCAUUGUAUUGGUGAACUAAAUAGGCCUAUUAGGCACGGUGGAUCAGUUCAUGGUCAUGUGGUGAUAGACCGUGAUCGAGAAAUGGGAGACCAUAAUUUGUUCAUGGACUAUUUCUCUCCAAAUCCACGUUAUGGAGAAGCAUUAUUUCGUCGACGAUAUCGUAUGUCGCGAGAUUUGUUCCUACAAAUAGUUGGUGCAGUUACAAAUCAUGACAACUAUUUCCACCAACGAAGAAAUGCAACAGGUAGACUCGGAUUAUCAGUUUUACAAAAAAUAACGGCUGUAUUUCGUAUGUUGGCAUAUGGUGUGCCUGCGGAUGCAACAGACGAGUACGUUAAAAUAGGCGAGUCUACAGCAAUUGAAAGUAUGAAAAAGUUUUGUCGAUCUAUUGUCCAAAUAUAUGGAGGGCACUAUCUAAGAGGACCUAAUGACAAUGACAUAGCGAGACUUCUUGACAUUGGAAAACAACGUGGAUUUCCAGGAAUGUUGGGAAGUCUUGAUUGCAUGCAUGAUUGGAAAUGAAAAAAAUGUCCAACAGCAUGGGCAAGACAAUAUUUUGGUCGUAAUAGCUCACCAACUAUCAUCCUUGAAGCUGUGACAGAUUAUGAUCUUUGGAUAUGGCACGCAUAUUUUGGAAUAUCGGGUAGUAAUAAUGAUAUUAAUGUUUUAGAGGCAUCCAAUCUUUUUUCAGAUUUAGCACAAGGUAUUGCUCCUCCCGCUCAUUAUAUUAUUCAAGGAAAAGAGUACAAUGUCGGUUACUAUUUAGCGGAUGUUAUAUAUCCAUAGUGGUCAACACUUGUUCAAACAAUUCAUCAACCACAAGGUAGAAAGAGAAAAAUUUUGCCAUGAGACAAGAAGCAUGUAGAAAAGAUGUUGAAUGUGCCUUUGGAGUAUUGCAAUCCCGAUUUGCAAUUAUCGCAGGACCUCACAUUUUUGGGAGAAAAAAGUCUUAUACGACAUAAUGAGUGCAUUUAUUAUUAUGCAUAAUAUGAUUGAUGGAUAGUCUACCCGGGGGGUAUCUAAUCCGAGGGGUUAUUGCGGAAAUAACUAGAGAGAAGUCAGAGCAAAUAGGAGGAGAGAGAGUCGAUUUUAUUAAAUGAACUCAGCGUGGAGUUGAGAUGUAGGUUGUGUUUUACAAGGAGAAAUGGGCUGCUAUUUAUAGCAGCAAUAAAUGCGAUGAGGGGACACGUGUCAGUAAUCCAACGGCCGAAGGGUCACAUCAGCCGGUUGGCACCGGCAGUGGUACGUUCACCGCAUUGAAUGCGGUUGGCGGAUGUGACGUGGCAUUAAAUGCGGUGGUUGGCUGUCUCCAAAAGGAAUCUUCGAUGAUUGAGCAUGCUUGGCCGAAGGCUUCUGGUGUAGCCGAGGGCUCCGUGUAACCGAGGACCCCUGUGUAGCCGAAGGCCUUGCGUGACCGAAGGCUUUGUUCAGCCGAAGGCCUCUCUGAUGCCGAGGGCUCGAUAAUACCGAAGGCUCAUGUUUUUCGCCGUUUUCUCCCAGUAGCUUCUUAUGCUAGAGAAGGCUAUCCUGUGAGUUUUGGAGCCUUCGGCCAAGGAGGCCGAAGGCACCCCAGUGUGUGUUCUGGGUUACUUUGAGGCUCGGGCCGUUGCAUUUGGGCCUGAGUUGUUCUCUGGGCUCAAUGGACUUGUGUAGGAGAAGUAGGAGUCCAUGGGCCGGGGGUUCCCGGGCCAUAUACUCCAUCAAUGAUAAUAGAGAAUGAACGUGAUAUACAUGCACUAGUUGAAGAUGUGGGAGAUACACCAGUUCUAGAUGUUGAAGUGGCAGUUGAUGAGGCGACGCGGUUCACUCAAUUUCUUACCCGAUAUAAACAAAUUAACGACAAAAACACUCAUAUUGAGCUCCGCAAUGCUUUAAUUGAUCAUUUGUGGGAACAAUUCUCAAAUUCCGAUAACUAAACUAAGAAUAUUUAUUUCAUUUAUUGCUUUAAGUUUAAGUAGUACUUUAUUAAUGAUGUACAAAUUAUUAUGAUAUUAUUGUACUAUUUAAUUUUAUGUAGUUUUAGCUUGUAUUUGCGAAAUAUUGAUUAUUGUAUUUUAAUGAGUGAAAUGCGUGAAAUAUUGAG